AUGUCAUCUAUAGAUGAGAAUCUAAAAUAAUGCACUGUUUUCAUUUAUCUAUGCCAAUUUUAUAGUAUUUUCUUUCCAGAUCAAAUUUGUGCAAAAUGAAUUUUUAGACGCUCGCAGUCAUUUUUAGUUGUCCGCCGCCAUGUCUGUAACUCGACCGAAUCUUCGAAGUUCCGUGUUGUGCUGUUCUUUGUUAUUAAUAAAGUACUGUGAUUUUUGAUAAAAUAAUGGAUUUAUGAGGUUCUCAAGUACCCAUGAACUUAGUGUUUUUGUGGUGUGUUUGCUAGAUUGGUGCAAAUCAAUACAAUUGUCUUUGCCGAAGUAAUUCUGAACAUCGUAUUUUUAGUUCAUCCGCCAUAUUGGCGUUAAUAUUCCAUUCAUUUGGAAAUAGCUGCUUCAUAUUAAAUAUUUUUUCACACAUCCUACCCAGCAAAAGUACUAUGCAUGGUACUGCUGUUUAUUUCCAAUGAAUGGAAGUUUGGCUUAGGUGCAAGAGCACCAAUUGUUUAAUAUGAUAGAGUGGUCUAGUGUUUUAAGAGGAUACAGCUGAUGCCUCUUAGCCAGAAGUUGGAUGAGCCUCUCGUUACAAUUGAGAUAGCAGACUCCAGCACAAUGCAGCAAGCGGUUGACCCUCUUGCUACUACUAGCACGCCCUCUGCGGAACCAGUGAAUGGCGCGCCGCCGGAUGAGACGCCUCGCCGACAGGGGCGGUUGACCAAUCAACUGCAGUUUCUUCAAAAGAAUGUGAUGAAGGCUGUGUGGAAGCAUCAGUUCGCGUGGCCCUUCCAUCAACCUGUCGAUGCCAAGAAACUAAAUCUGCCAGAUUAUCACAAAAUCAUCAAAAAGCCCAUGGAUUUGGGUACCAUCAAGAAACGUCUAGAGUCGAAUUACUACUUUUCCGCUCAAGAAUGCAUCCAAGAUUUUAACACCAUGUUUACCAACUGCUAUGUUUACAACAAACCUGGUGAGGAUGUAGUGGUGAUGGCACAAACUUUGGAGAAGCUGUUUCUUAACAGGAUAGCCCAAAUGGAUAAGGAGGAAAAGGAAAUCGAGUUACCCUCGAAAGGUGGCAAAGGCGGAGCCAAGAAGCGAGUUGGCGGAGCGGGUAGCGGCGGUGGAGCCGGCGGUGGUGGUGGUGGCGGCGGUGGUGGCGGCGUUGGCGGCGGCGUUAGUGGUGGCGGUGGCGGAGGGGCGCCAGUCACGACAGGGGGCGUACGUACGGGAAAGUCGUUGCCGAGCGCGGGCGGCGCGAGCGCGGGUGCCACUCCCGCACCGCACCCCGCACUGGUGGGUUCCACGGCCAGUACCACGGCUCCUGCAGUGCCGCCCGCCGCCACGCCGCCUGCAACACACGCCGGCCUACCGCAGCAAGUAGCCACGCAGCCCUCCAAUUUCCACGUGGCACAACCGGCCGCGCCACCGGUCUCCGCUAUUCCGCCCGUCCCACUCUCCCAGACUCAGCCAGCUAAGGUCAAAAAAGGGGUGAAGAGAAAAGCAGACACUACCACACCCAUGGGGAGUGCCUUCGAGGGAGGGUAUACCACCCCGACGAUCGAUCAGCAAAGUGGACCGAAACCGGCCAAAAUUUCAACUAGAAGGGAAAGUGGACGGCAAAAGAAGGCUGGCCGAGCUGGCGACGAUAGCUUUAAAAUGGGCGGAUUGUCUCCCGGCGUAGGAGGAGCGGGCGCAUCUCACCAUUCUGCCAUGACACCACAAUUAGCAAAGGGCAAAGAAAAGCUUUCUGAUGCUCUCAAGAGUUGUAAUGAAAUACUGAAAGAACUCUUCUCAAAGAAGCAUUCGGGAUAUGCUUGGCCAUUUUACAAACCUGUGGAUGCUGAAUUACUAGGCCUUCACGAUUAUUUUGAUAUUAUAAAGAAACCAAUGGACUUGGGAACAGUGAAGCAAAAAAUGGACAACAGACAGUAUAAAUCGGCAGCUGAGUUUGCAGCCGACGUCCGUCUAAUAUUUACCAACUGUUACAAAUACAACCCACCGGAUCAUGACGUCGUGGCUAUGGCACGUAAAUUGCAGGACGUUUUUGAGAUGAGAUACGCGAAGAUUCCCGACGAACCUGUUCACCCAGGUGUCCCACACAUAGACAAGGGCAGCUCGGCGUCCAGUUCGGAAUCUGGCUCCGAGUCGGACUCCGAAUCGGACGACUCUGAAGAAGAAAGAAAUAAUAAAGUUAAAAUGUUAGAAAAAGAAUUACUCGCUUUGCAAGAGAAAAUGAGAAAACUCGUCGAAGAAUCUAAUAAUAAAAAGAAGGCUAAAAAGAAAAUUAAGGAAAAGAAAAAGCAAGUUCCCGCCCCGGGCUUACCGAAAGCGAACGCCGUGGCGCCGUACGGAGCCAAAGCCAAUAAUAUUGGGGAAACGCUCGCGACGCCGAGCGGGCGCGGCAAGACUGGUAGCAAGCGCGGCGGGGGCGGCGGUGCGGGCAAGGCGGCGACCCGAGGUUCGGCGCCUGCCAAGAAAAAGGGUUUGGCGCCGCCUGCCGCCGCCGCGCCGCACCCGCCGCUACACCCCGACACCGACGACGAGGAUGUCGCCAAACCCAUGUCCUACGACGAGAAGCGCCAGCUCUCGCUUGACAUCAACAAGCUGCCAGGCGAUAAACUGGGCAAAGUAGUGCAUAUAAUUCAAACCAGAGAACCGUCGCUGCGGGACUCUAACCCUGACGAGAUUGAAAUAGACUUCGAAACGUUGAAGCCGUCUACGCUCCGAGAGCUAGAGAAUUACGUAGCGUCUUGUCUACGGAAAAAGACACAUCGCAAAGUUUCUGGUAAAUCCAAAGAUGAACAAAUGGCGGAGAAGAAACAAGAAUUAGAAAAGAGAUUGCAAGAUGUAUCAGGACAAUUAGGAACCAAUAAAAAGCAGCAACCUAAAAAAGAGGGAUGCAAGGAGGCGCUAGGCGGCGGCAUGUCGUCCUCGUCUUCAUCGUCGGACUCGUCCAAUACGUCGUCCAGCACCGACACGAGCUCGUCCGACAGCAGCGACAGCGAAGCAGGCACCGGAAGGACACCUAAAAAGAAGGGGAAGAAGCAUCAGGCUCCUUUACAGAUUGUCAAAUUGCGUCAUUUCCAGAAAUCCAUAGCUCCAUUGGCUCCUGAGACGCCGGCAAGUAACGCGAUAACGAUACCAACAACUGUAGCUACGCCUGUGGUUGUGAAGACGGAAGCAGCUGUCAUUGCACCCGCAACCGGGCCUGCUCCCGUGACUGAGCUCAAAGAGCAGGUGGCGCCGCCCGUUGCGCUCGUGCCUCUCGUUCCACCAGUUGCCCCCGUUCCUACUCUUGCGAACUGUGUGCCGGUCUCAUCUAUUGCGCCUGUAGCUAGAGAAAUGAGUGAACCGAAGCCGGUGGUUAAGGCUGAACCUCGAAACGGCCUCGAUAAAGUGGAUGUUCCUCAUUACAUAGAUCCCAUCGAAAGAUCACUGGCUAGCUUGGAGAGAAGUUUGAAAGCUGACGUGCCGAUGAAUGCCGGUGUCAGCGAAUCAGAGUCUUCAAUGCGACUCGAAGAAGAGUUCAGCCUGCCGAAACAACCUGUCAUGCCGGACGCCCAUAGUCUAAUGGCCCAACUCGGCGGCUUGACAGAUAUGACCCAUGUACCCGAUCAAAUAAAGUCUGAAAUGUAUCCCUCGCAUAACGGUUUUCUAGAAAAGACUAUGCACCACGACCGUGAUGUCCUACGGCCGGAUUUAAAUACGAACAUACCAGGCAUGGCGAGUGUCCCACCAGUGUCGUCAAUUUUCGACCCGUUACCUCCUGCCUCGCAUACAGUGAUCGCACAGUCUCAUCACAGCGCUCCUAAUUCUUCGUGUCUGAUAACGCCUGCUAAUAAAAAGGAAGAAAUCAACAAACCUUUGCUUACGCCAAAACCUAUUGAAGAUCUCAUGGGAGUUCCCAAUAUAACAAAUAAUAUUUCAGAUAGAGCUAAGUACGAAAUGGAACAAAAGAAAAUGGAGGAUGUUAAGAAUUCUAACUUUGUUCAGGCGUUUAAACUUAAACAAGAACAAAAUUUGAAAAAUGCUAGUUCUUGGUCGUCGUUAGCUCAAGCCGGUAGUCCACAGCAGCCUCCUACUAUCAAUCCUACACAUCAAGUUAAACAAAAGCCUGUAAUGGACAGUUUUCAAGCCUUUAAGAAACAAGCAAAAGAGAAAAUCGAUCGUCAAAGGGCAUUGAUAGAGCAACAAGAAAAUCGGAAAAAGGAACUCGCGGAGAGGGAACGACAGCGACAAGAAACAGAAAGGCGGCACCCAGAUGAAGAUAAGCUAAGAGUGGCGCCAAGCGUUCGGAAAGUGGAGAGCGCAGAAGUGGCGUCACCUAGCGUGUCACCAGUGGCACGAGCCUCCCCACCUGCGGCCGCAGCCGCCACAGCCGCGCCACCCGACAAGCCGGCGGCCUCCGAGCGCGAACGACUUCGCCAGCGUGAACAGGAGCGUCGACGACGCGAGGCCUUGGCUGGACAAAUAGAUAUGAACAUGCAGAGUGAUUUGAUGGCCGCAUUCGAGGAGUCACUCUAAAGUGUUUGGACAGUGUAAUUGAUUUGUACAUACAUAAAUAUAGUUUAGAUAAUGUCAAUGCAAUCAAAUGUAACACUGAAGUGAUUUUGUGAUCGUUUUGUGCGUGACGCUGUUAACUAAUGUGUGGUUAAGUGCUGUGAAUAGUUAUUAUGUACUGAUUUUUAAACUGUUGUAACAUCAAUUUGGACUUGUGGUCGCGUAUAUAAGGGCCUUUAAAGGGGGUUGCAUUUUAAUUAAAUUGUAUAAUAAGCUCUUACCCAUAAGCUACUAAGUAAAUAAUUCUCUUUAUAUGGUAAGACUAUACAUAUGUUUAUAUUUUGCUCUAGAGAACUCUACCUUCCAAUAUUUGUUUCUUGAUAGGGUACCGUAACUAAUGAUUAUAGCAUUGUAAUGUAGUUUUGAAAUUGAAACAAAAUUUUGUUUAAUUUUAUGUAACUGAUUAAUAAUAGACAAUCAAUUAAAACCAUAAAUUGUUAUAUUAAUGACGCAUUUCUCAUUGCAUGGUUGUUUUAAUUAUUUUAUAUUUCGUAUCA